UCAAACACAACAACCAUUUCAACUUGAGUUCUACUCUUUCACUUCAUUAUUUCCUUUUUUCAACUUGAGUUCUCUCUCUCAAACACACUCUGUAUCUGAUCUGAAGCCAAAGAUCUUCGUGGGUUCAUCUUCACCGAAAUCAAUGCAAGAGGGCAGAGAUUCAGAAAUUUUGGGUAUUGAAGUUUUAUGUACUUCAGUUAGUGGGAGAGCUUAUAAAUCUUGAAGAAAGUGAUAAAGCUUAAGACUUUAAGUUCAUGAAGAUUGCAUCUUUGGUUGUUGUUUGGAUUGUUUGUGGGUUGUUGGGAUUUGGAUUCACGUUUUCAUACCCUACUUCAGCAUUUGAUGAUCUUGUUAAUGAAAGAAGUGAAACCACCGUUACUUAUAGCUAUGAUAGAAUAGAUGAAGUGAAGAAGGCAUGUGGGUUUGUUCUAUCUUCUGCUUCAGAACUGAAAGCUGAAGAUGGAAGGAGUAUGAAAAAGGAGCUCUUUUUUGUUAAUGGGGAUUGGAGCCAGGAGGUGGGUAAGGAUCCAAUCAUGCCAUUUGAUGAUAGAGAAGUUCAAAGCGAGUUCUUGGGUAAUCGAACUCCAUCGAACUUGGCUUCAUUUUGGCUUAUGGAUGUUGAUCGUAACCAUCGAUCCAGGAAGUCACUAAGUGUCAGUGGGCUCAUGAUUAUUGGUAUCACUGUAGAUGGUAGCUUUAUGGAUUAUGGGUACCAAGGAAAUCCCGAGUUCCAAAUGUGGCCUAGCCAUUCACAAAUGAUAAUUUCAUUCCAAGGGAUUUACACUGAAACCAAGAAGAAUGGUGGUGAAAGAGUGAUGUGCUUAUUGGGGAAUACAAUGUUGCCAUCUCGGGAGCCUGAUUCUGCUAAUCCAUGGGAGUGGGUGAAGGCUUCUGAUUCAAGCAACCAACCUCCUCUUUCUCAAGAUGAUCAGAUUCUACUUGUACUUCACUUUCCUAUGAUUUUCAACUUAACAAAUAGGGCUAUCAGAGGGGAAUUGAGAAGUUUGAAUCCAAAGUCAAAUCCAAAGUAUUUUGAUGAGGUUCACAUUUUAUCACAGUUGGGGAAAUCUGCAAUGUAUGAAUUUGAUUCAGAAAACAUUGUUUCUCAAGCAUGUGAUCCAUACCCUUUUGAUGACAGGUUGGUAUAUGGUGACAUUAGCAACUAUAAAGGUCAUGCUAUGUGCGAAAUCCUUAAAGAAGUUGCACGAGACCAAGCUUUCACUGUUAUGCCAAACUGGAGAUGCAAUGGCACCGAUGAGUUUUGCAGCAAGUUGGGGCCUUUUGUGACAGAUAAAGAGAUUAAGGCGUCAGAUGGAAGUUUUGAAGGGGUUAAACUUUAUAUGCAGAAAAUCAGGUGUGAACAAAAAGCUGUGGGAGGAAAUGCCAGUUCUGCAAGGGUUUCAGCUGUAUUUAGAGCUGUUUCUCCAAUGGAGAAUCUGUAUACUGCAGCAAAGAGAUCUGGUCUUAACAAUAUGACUCUUGCUGCUGAGGGUAUUUGGAAAUCUACCAGCGGACAGCUUUGCAUGGUUGGUUGCCCUGGGCUUGUUGACGUUGAAGGUAGUCAGUGCAACACUCGAAUCUGUUUGUAUGUACCUACUUCUUUCUCCAUAAAGCAACGAAGCAUUCUUUAUGGAAGUUUCUCUAGCAUCAAUAAUACUGGUGCAUCUUAUUUUCCUCUCUCGUUUGAAAAGCUAGUGCAGCCUUCGGAACUGUGGAAUUAUUUCAGAGUCUCCAGUCCAAAGUACAAGUACACAAAAAUCUCUUCAGCUGCUGUUGUGUUGGAAAGAAACGAGCCCUUCAGUGUUGGAACUGUGAUCAAGAAAUCUUUACUGAAUUUUCCCAAACUUGAAGACACAGAAGCUUUUGAACUCAGUCUUUCUGUUCUGUCCGAAGAUCUUACCCUUCAUGUGUCUGCAUUGCCUGAUCCUAUUCCAAAGCCUCAACCUCCAAGAGUAGACAUUCAGAUGGAGAUUCUCUCAGUGGGUCCCUUGUUUGGUCGCUAUUGGUCUCCACAAAAUGUUUCCUCUGCACAAGAGGAAACUCCUUACAACACAAAGUCUGAAUACACCGAAAUGCAGCUCCUUCUGAAUGUAUCAGCACAACUGACCAUCACUGGAAAAGCCUAUAGCAUUCUUUCUGUGCUAUAUCUGGAAGGCCUUUAUGAUCCACAUGUUGGAAAGAUGUAUCUAGUUGGAUGCCGGGACGUCCGAGCCUCGUGGGAGAUCUUGUAUGAGAGCAUGGAUCUUGAAGCCGGGCUGGAUUGUUCGGUAGAGGUGGUUGUGUCAUAUCCUCCCACUACAUCUCGAUGGUUAGUUAAUCCGGCAGCACAUAUUUCUGUAGCCAGCCAAAGGACUGCAGAUGACCCUCUUUACUUUAGCACAGUCAAGCUCCAAACUCUUCCAAUUAUGUACAGGAAGCAGCGGGAAGACAUUCUCUCUCGUCGGGGGAUUGAGGGAAUCCUUCGAGUAUUGACUCUUUCACUAGCAAUUUGUGGAAUCUUAAGCCAACUAUUUUACAUCAGGUAUAAUGUGGAUUCUGUUCCUUACAUGUCUCUUGUCAUGCUAGCUAUCCAAGCCAUUGGGUAUAGUAUUCCUCUGGUCACAGGCGCUGAAGCACUCUUCAAGAAGUUAUCUUCUGUAUCCUAUGAAACAUCUACGUAUGACCUCGAUAAGAGUCAGUGGUUUCAUAUACUUGAUUACACGGUUAAGCUUCUUCUCAUGGCGGCAUUGUUACUGACUUUACGGCUUUGUCAGAAAGUGUGGAAAUCUCGCAUCAGGUUGCUUACACAGUCUCCUCUCGAACCACAUCAUGUCCCUAAUGAUAAGCGAGUGCUUAUAACCACAUCAGCUAUACAUUUGAUUGGUUAUGUAAUGGUUCUAGUCAUUCAUAGUAUGAGGAGCAGCCGAAGAUCAAUCCACACAAAAAGCUAUAAAAUUGCCAGGGAAGAUUCUCGUGGACUGUGGGAAUGGGAAACUGAACUAGAGGAGUAUUUGAGACUUGUCCAAGAUUUUUUCCUACUCCCCCAGAUGAUUGGUAACCUGGUGUGGCAGAUCGAUUGCAAACCACUAAGAAAGUUGUAUUUCAUUGGGAUCACGCUGGUCAGACUCUUUCCUCACAUUUAUGAUUAUGUUAGAGCUCCGUCUCUCAACCCUUACUUUGCUGAGGAGUAUGAGUUUGUGAACCCAAGUAUGGAUUUUUACUCCAAUUUUGGCGAUAUUGCCAUACCUAUUACAGCAAUACUCCUUGCACUUGUAGUGUAUGUUCAGCAGAGGUGGAAUUAUGAGAGGCUGGGCAAAAUGCUUACUUUUGGGCAAUGUAGGCUUCUGCCGUUGGGAUCAAGAAUGUAUGAGAGGUUGCCUUCCAGUUCCCAAGCAUUUGAAGCUGAACUUGUUUCUGGUGUCAAUGGUUAUGCAAGACAAGAGAAAGACAAAGAGAAUGAUGGUGUAGAAUGAUGCAGAAACUUUCAAAAUUACAGAAAAAAAGAUGUUGAGUUGUAAACAUAUAUAUGCACACUAGAUGUUAAUUUGAUGAUCACUUGUGUCUUGUGACUCGA